AAAGGAACACUGACCAAACAUAAACACUGUGAUUACUUCUCGACUUGACGUUAAUUUGAAUUUCAUAAUACAAAAACAAAUGAAAUAAAAUGUAGUCGGCGCGAUAGUGUUUAUUAAGUUGACAUUUGUGUGUUGUGAUACUAGUGUGUUUUCGGAACUCCGAGGAGGUGGUGUUGUAGUGCAAAAAAGUUUUGCAAGCAACAGGAAAAACCGCAGGAAAUGAAAGGGUUAAACGAACUCGAUGACUAAUAAUUUCACUUUCAAAAUCAUGGGCACGACAUAUAAGGAAUUAUUUAGAUUGUACGAUUUGAUUCAAAACGGAGAUUUAAGAUGUAUAGAAAAGUUUUUGACCGACUCCGAAAUAGAAAUAAAUGUGAUAUUACCAUGCAAGGGUAUUGGCGUGCUUCAUUUAGCAGUUGGGAUUGAACCAACAGACAAAUCAAAACAAUGCACUGAAAUACUUUUAAAACAUGGCGGAGAUCCUAAUUUAAGCAAUGACGAUGGUCUGACUCCUGUACACAUAGCAGUGAUAUGGGGUCGUGUGGACAACUUGAAGCUCCUCCUGGGCUGUGGGGGUGACCCCUCCCGCAGAGACCUGGAUGGUCUCUCAGCCUUUGAUUAUGCAGUGAAGGAGCAGCAAUGGGACGUGUUUGACUACCUGCACAAUGUGGUGGACCAGUCAGACGAUUCAGGAUCUAACUGUGGAUACAGUUUGGAACUGAAUAAAGUGUUAGUGACAACGGACCAAGUGGUCGCCGAAUACGAACCGACGCCAAACGAACUGUGUCAAAACACAAUGUGCAGGAAAUCUGAACUGAUUAGAGAUUGGUGCGACAGAAACAGUUUGGUUAUAAACAAGUUGUAUCCAACUAUAAUCAACGAUACGUAUCUAGUUGACAACGAACAGGAUCUGGCUAAAAGUUUGACUCUAGACCUUACGGACAAACUAUCAAGGCAUACGGAUUUUAAUACAACAAUAGACAGCUUCAAAACCUGCACGACGCAAGAAGUAGACAUAAGUGGUAUACAAAGAUUGGAAAUAACUGACGAGCAUAGUUCAAAGCCAAAGCAAAGGAUAAGCGUGUAUGAAAACUUCUCGCUCCAAGGCUCACCUACUAACAUAACUCAUAAGAACUACAAUUCUAAAACAAGCCUAAAAAAGGCCAGGCAACUGACAGAAAGACUGUUUGAAGUUCAUUCUAUAUCGAAUGACAGUUCUGAUUACGAUAGAGCUCAAGCAGUGGUACAGAAUAGAACGAAUGAGUUCCUAUCGAGUUGGGAGGACAAAGGUCACAAUACGAGGAGAUCGUCUGCUAGUAGUGGGGUCAGCAGUAAUUAUUCCGGGGGCAGUAUUUUGUUGGCGAGUGUCCACGUGGAGUACAAGUAUGAAGAUAAGGAAGAGGAUGUGGUUUUGAUUGAGAAGAGGUUGCUGGUAUCGCCCAUGGUGUUACCAGUAGAUGACACAGACGCUAGUCCCGACAACACAGUGUUAUCUGUUGCAUCAUCUUUACCUACAUCUGUACAAUUUGACAACAACACGCUUAGAGCUGAACUGAUGCGACUCGGCUUCCGACCGGGACCGAUACAGGACUCCACGCGGACUCUGUAUUUAAAGAAACUGCAGGCUUUGAAGAAGACGCCGAUUGUUGUCAGCAAUCAGGGGAAAACAUACAGUAUAGAAAUAGAAAAAUCACUGCGAUCAAAUGAAUGGAUGUCGAAUCUCCAGCCCUACAUAGAUUUGGAGACAAAGGCUCGCGUGGACUUCGCGAAUCCGAACAAAAAAUGGCGGGAGGGAACCGCGAAGACCUCAUUCACAUACUUAUUGUUGGACCCACGGGUCACUGCGAACCUACCGGAGAAAGCAAGCAAACAAAAUCUACAUUUGUCAUGGGUGACAUUCAUCAAUUCUAUAUUUUACGUCGGCAAAGGAAAGCGGUCUCGACCUUACUCACACUUGUACCAAGCGCGGACGCUGUGGAAACGCGACUUCAAAACGUCGAAGGACAAAAAGGUCCAAUGCAUUCUGGACAUUUGGUCCGAGAAAGUAGGUGUAGUGUGUUUGCACGUUUUUCAAAAUGUCAUACCGGCGGAAGCGUUUACAUACGAAGCGGCCAUGAUUGACGUGCUGGGACUCUCGAAAUUGACGAAUUUGAAAACUGGUAACUACUACGGGGUGACUGCGUCGUGGCCGCUCAAAGAACGAAGGAUGCUAGGCUUGUACUUGUUGUAUAAAGCGAUGCUUAUAUUUCUAAGUGAGGGCGAGAGGCAACUGAGGCCCGACGAUAUAGACUGAUAGGUUUUAACUGGUUGUGAAUGAAAUUUCAUUAUUUAUUUAGGUACUGUAAAUGUUUGUAUAUUUUGUAAUAUGUCAGAUAAAUGUUGAAGUCGUAAACCAAAGUGUCUGUGCUUCCGAAAGGAUAAAAACAUUUUGGCAGGAUUGUCAAGGUUAUAUAAUCAAAACAGCCACAUUUUUAUUCAUUUGUUUCCUCACUUCACUCUAUGACAUUGUGUCUUUAAGAAUGCUCUUCCAUUUGCCGGUUUACAUAAAAAUCUGAUAGAUUUGACAAAAAUCGAAUUUAGGAAGAGAAUCGUCUAUAUUAAUACCUGAAGAUUUUCUAAGAUAAUGUUGAAUUUGACGCCUUAAAUUAACUCCCAAAGCAUAAUACCUGAACAUUCCAAUCAAGGAAUAAUUUUUACCUAAAAACGUUUGUACACUGCACCAAAUACUUCAUCGAACAAAGUAUACUAUUGUAUAAAACCAUGUACUUUUGUAAAAUAGACGUAUUACAUGGUAUUAUUAGUUAAGUAACCAAAGAAUUUAUUUCUUAGUUCGUAAUGUAUUUUGUAGCACUAUUUAGUAUGCAUAAUCAGUAUUUGUGACAAUGUUAAUUUAAGCUUUAAUUUUUAGUAAGGUACAGGGGCCCUAUUCCGUCUAUGAGGGCAAAUCCGUCUUUUUUGAAUUACAAUCGUUCUAAACGUAGAACAGCUUUCAUAAGUAGUUUAGGUAUUUAUCUAUACGGCUAUCAAAUCUGCCCUUUAAUAAGAUCGUCCAUAAUUGCAAAAAGACGGAUUUAACCCAGUAGACGGUAUUGGGCUCCAUCACCUUAAUUGUAUUUUUUUAGUUACCUGUAGUGGAAUUAUAUAGAUCUCGCUUCCUUGCCUAUAUUUAAUAAUUGUGUGUUGAAGAAUGAACAAAUAAAGUAAAAUUUUGCAUUGGACUAACUCUUAGUGUUUGUUAGAACUAUUAAUAAACGUUUUAUACAUUUGUCUUAGUUAAAACAUGGUUAUACAAAGUUCUGUCUCGCUUCAUAACUAUCAUAAAAGAUUUGUAAGUAAACCUAAACCUAAUUAAAUGAAAUUAACUAAUUUAUACAAAUUUUCUAGCAAAUAUUUUUAUUUGUUACUACGGAUUUUUUACUUUAUACAUACGCAUUUAAUAAUCCUAGGCCUAAUUUAUCCAAAUUACUUACACCUGUGAUUGACAACGUAACACUAGCAUUUAAGUUUGUGACGUCCUGUUUAUAGGACAAUUUAUUUUAAUUCUUUAGAAUUAAUCAAGCACUUGUAAUAUAACUAGUCAUAAAUCACACUAAUGCAUAAUGAAUUACACAUUGUAAAGGAACGCAAACGCGAAAUAAAACGCAUUUAUUUAAGAAA